AUCACAUUCAGUUGUAAUUACACUCUGGUGUCAUCACAUGAAGAUGAGGGAGGUGGCGAGAGGCGUAGAGUAUAUAACCAGGGAGCAGUCUUAGUCUCAGUACCUUGCUUUUCACUCAGCUUACCUCAGCAUCUCUCACUCCUCCUCACACCAACACCACCAAAAUGGCCUUCGCUGGAAAAUGGGAAACUGAGAGCCAGGAGGGAUAUGACGCUUUCUGCAAGCUUGUUGGUAUUCCUGAUGAAGUGAUCGCAAAGGGUCGUGACUACAAGCUGGUCACAGAGGUCACCCAGAACGGCAAUACCUUCACCUGGACCCAGCUUUACCCCGCAAACGCCAAGGUCACUAACACGUUCACCGUCGACAAGGAGUCCGACAUGGAGACCAUCGGAGGAAAGAAAUUCAAGGCGACAGUGCACAUGAAUGGAGGCAAGCUGACCGUGGACUUCCCCAAUUACCACCACACCUCUGAGAUCGUUGGGGCAAGCUCGUUGAGACAUCCACAUCCGGCUCUGUAGUGCUGAAGAGGACCAGCAAGAAGAUCUAACUGCUGACUGACUGAUAUGGCCUCUUUAACAGUUACAACGGAGACCUCAGCUACUUCUCAAUAAACUAAGAACAUGAUACAAACAUAAA